AUUUUUUUUAAUUUUUAAUCUUAAAGUUAUUCGACAUCAAAGAAAUUAUGCAAGUUUAUAAUCAAGAACCAUAUACUAAUGGUAAAGUUCGUAUUAAUACAACUAAAGGUGAAAUAGAAAUUGAAUUAUGGGGUAAAGAAACACCAAAAGCAUCUAGAAACUUUAUUCAGUUAUGUAUGGAAGGAUAUUAUAAUAAUACUAUUUUUCAUAGACUUGUUUCCGGUUUUAUUAUUCAGGGAGGAGAUCCAACAGGUACAGGUAUGGGAGGCCAAUCUAUAUGGGAUGAACCUUUUUCUGAUGAAUUUCACUCUCGUUUAAGAUAUAAUAGAAGAGGUCUUGUUGGAAUGGCUAAUACUAGUAAAAAUGAUAAUGGUUCUCAGUUUUUUAUUACAUUAGCACCCACUCCUGAAUUACAGGGGAAGAAUACUCUUUUUGGAAGGAUUGUUGGGAAUUCUAUAUAUAAUGUAUUAAGGAUGGCAGAAUUAGAAACGGAUAAAAAUGAGAGGCCUUUAUAUCCUCCAAAAAUUCUUUCAACAGACGUUUUAUUAAAUCCAUUUGAUGAUAUUAUUCCUAGGACAACUGAAGGGGAUAGACUAAAAUGUAUGGAAUCGUUUCUAUCUUCAGAAGAGGGUUUUAAAAGUAAAACAAAAAAAAAUAAAGUACUUUUGAGUUUUCAGGAUGAAGAAACUAAUGAAGAAAUUUGUAAAUUACCUAAAUUUAAGAGUAGUCAUGACAUAGGAGAUGAUUUAAAGUUAUCAGAGCAGCCUGCGAUUGUAACAAGUGUUAAAAGAAAAUAUGACCUUCUUGAUGAAACUAAGGAUAUCAAAAUAGCUACUAGGGAUGUAAAAGAUAUUGAAAAUGAAACAAAAAACCUAUCUUAUCCUACUCUUUAUGUUGAAAAAUUAGGAAAAAAAGAUUCUUCUGAUUCUAAAAAGACAAAAAUAGAAGAAAUUCAAGCACAAAUUCACAUUUUAAAAGAUGAUAUUAAAGCUAUUGGUAAAAAAAAAAGUAAAUAUUUAGGUUCUUUGGAAUUUGAAAAAGGAAAAUUGCUUUCUUAUUUAGAAAAGGAGAAAGAACGUUAUCGAGUUUCAGAAAAAGCUAUUGUAGGAGGCAAAGGAAAGUCAAAAAAAGGGAGAGAGGAAGAAGUAUAUAGACUUUUUUCUUUAAAAUUAUCCUUUUAUGUAACCAUAAUUUAG